UUUGGAGCGCGCGUGUGUGUGUGUGUGUGUGUGUGUGUGUGUGUAUGAGGCGGCGGUGGCGCGCGGAGCUGCCAUCCCUGAGACAUCGGGGCUAGGCGAAGUGACACAGCAAUUCCCACGAUGUCUUUUUAAUUCACCAUUCUCUUCUGUAAGGAAUCGUCUAAUUCAAGUGCUGUAAUCAUGACAUCGGUUUGGAAGAGACUUCAGCGCGCUGGAAAAAGAGCGACGAAGUUUCAGUUUGCCGCGUCCUUUCAAGAACUCACCGUAGAGUGCACUAAGAAGUGGCAGCCAGAUAAACUGCGAGUGGUUUGGACCAGGCGAAACAGACGCAUCUGCACCAAGCUUCAUGGCUGGCAACCGGGGAUCAAGAACCCAUACAGGGGGACUGUGGUUUGGCAGGUCCCUGAGAGCGUGGACAUCACAGUCACUCUCUUUAAGGAUCCAAAUGCAGAUGAAUUUGAGGACAAAGACUGGACAUUUAUCAUAGAGAAUGAAACAAAGGGCCACAGGAAAGUUUUAGCAUCAGUAGAUGUGAACAUGAAGAAGUAUGCGAGUGCUACCCCGGCUCAGUUUGACCUGGUGCUUACGUUAAAGCCUCUGUCUGUGAAAGUGCUGGAUGCCAAGCUUAAACUCACCCUGUCCUGUAUCUUCCUGAAGGAGGGCAAAGCUACUGAUGAAGACAUGCAAAGUUUGGCGAGUCUGAUGAGUUUGAAGCAGUCUGACAUUGGAAACCUGGAGGACUUCAAUGACAGUGAUGAAGAGGAGGACAAAAGACUGAGUGCAGCAGUGAAAAUGGCCACUGCAGUGAUAGCUCCUCUUCCUCCUGCUAGGAGAAUACAUGACACGGCCUGGAGACCUGCUGUAGACACGGGUCCCUCUGACACAGCUCAUUCUGAACCGGAUCGGAUGAGCUGUUCCUUCAUUACACCUAACGUUCCUCUCCAGUACCCCCUGUCAUGCACCGCUCUUGACCCUUCUGUCCCGAUCCUCUCCACUUCCCGUGUCCAACCCCUCCGUGUCCCGCAGACACGAGCCUCCCCGUACGCCUUCACUGUACCCGCAUUCACACGCGCUCAUCCACCUGCCCUGCCCAAAAUCUUCCAUCCGCCGACUGGCUCAGUUGCUGUAACUGUCCCUCAAAGGCCGUCUGGAGGUCUUGCUAUCUCUGAGUUACUGGAGAGCAGUCGCUCUUCUGAGGGCGGUUCAGUCCCUCUCCCGCAGCCCCUCUCUUUUCUUCCUGGGAUUAGCAUACCCUUCUCUCAUUCCUCCUCUUCUUCUGCUCAAUCCUCCUCAUCCCCUCAGCCGACCCCUCUUCCAGAUGUAACCCAGACAGCCACUUUAUCUGCCGCUCGUAGCAAGACCUCGAGACCUCAAAGCUUCCCCUCUUCUCGCUCCUCCCCUUCUGUUUUUGACCCCUCCUCCUUUGAAUUUGGCUCCUCCCCUCAUGGUUCAAUGACUCAACCUGCACCACGGGCCUCAAAAAUCUACCGCGCCUCAUUGGCUGAGCCAGGCUCCGCCCUCACAAAGCCCUCGAGCAUGCCCUCUGCCACUGAGACAGCAUCUUGGCAAAAAGAGUGGAGGUCUCCCAAGCUGCACCCUGCUCUAUGUCCUGCUCCCUUCACCUCUGCAGAACACAUUAACCCGCAGCGUCAUCCAAACUCGAUUAACUCCUCACUUCCUGCAUUGUCUUCAUCCCAUGUGCUUCCUCAGCCAAUGGAGGUUUCUGCUAUUACUCCCAAUCCUGGUGUAACGUCUCCCAGUGUAGCUCCUUCCUCUGAGAUGCUCAGUGCCGAGUCUGUCUCUACUUCUGGCUCUCAAACCAUGUCUGCCGCCAUCCUCGCUCCUCCUUCAGCAUCAUUGGUUUCUCUCUCUAUUGCUCCUGCUGCCUCAUCUAGCUCUCGGUCCACCCUUUAUCCCUGUGUUUCUCCUCAUCCAACUGAUUCUGGUGCUCCUCUAUGCUCCUCUCCUGAUGUUGGUCCUGUGGUCACAGCAUCUGUUGUCUCUGACUCAGAGCCUCUCCCAGAGGUCCAGACGUCCGAAUGGAGACAUAAGGUUGUGCCCACAGUGGUUAGACCUAAUGUGCGCAGGCCAAUAGCCCCUUCUCCUGUAGAUGCUCCAACCUCUCCUUUCAUUCUUCCUUCACCCUCUUCCAUGAUCCCUGACCCCCACAUUCACACACAAACAUCCACUCUAGCCCCUGUUAUUGCCUCCAUUUCAGUCCCUUCCUCUGACUCACUCACAGAGACACACAGACAGUUAAGUGUACUACCAGAAGAGGAAUAUCCCAAUACUGUGUGUACUGCUGAUGAGGAUGCAAGCGCCAAACCUUCAGAUGUUCCUCAGAACCACGAACCUCACCCUCGCAGAGCCGGAGUCAUCAGUAUAGCCAGCCAAAGACCAAACAACUCUAUGGACAAGCAACGGCCUGUUUUUGGACUUGAGGUUGUCCGGCCUGCAAGAGGACCAGAGAGUAUGACCUCUCUGCUGCCCACUGAACAUAUGUCACCCAAUGUCACUGAUGUCUCACAUUUUGAGCUGCCAAAACCAGAGCUGUCUGAUACCGUUAGAGUAUCCACUACUGCAGCCCUCGAAACUGUCCCAGAACCUGCUCCAGCCCCUACAUUUGCCGCCCCAUUAACUAAGGUCCAGAUCAAUCAGUCAGAGUUUUCACAGAGCUCUGCUGAGCAGGCCGUUUUACUCCCAGCUGCACAUGAGCAGACAGAAGACAAGAUGAUUCCUUGUAAAGACAAAACAGAGCCGUUUCAAAGUAGCUUUCAAUCAGCGGAAAUACAAGAGCAAGAAGAACCUGUGCCACAACUGCUCUCAAAUCCAGAAAUGUCCCAGUCAGAUCAAAUUGAUGAAGGCUGUCAAAGCAUAAGUGCUCAGAUUCCACCUUCUGAAAACUACGGAGACACUCUGACUGAAAACGUGGACGUGGUUGAAGGUAUAUUAUGGGCUGCACAAGACAGAACAGAACAGUUUGUUGACGCUUUACAGAAAGAAGAAGAGACUACAGAAGAUCACAAUAGUCUGGUCCCUUCUACAGCAAAAGAUCGACCUACAGGACUGCAACAAGAGUGUGUACCAAACAUGGUAGAUCUUCUUCCAUCAUGUCCACUGUUCUCAAGAGUUUUUGGAUGUCCAUCUACAGCGCUGUCAAGCAUAUGCAAAACAGACCUAAUCAACUGGCCAACUGAUUUAAGUGUAAUUUGGGAUGAGCCAUGUAGAUCAACAAAAAAUAUUUUGUUUAUGCCAUAUUUCGACAAAUCCCCCUUUGAGGCAAAAAUGGUGUCCCUGACAUGCAUAUGUCCAAAUGAAGCAAGAAUUCCUGGCUUUGCAUCUGCUAAAAGACUCACAGAGGCCCCAUGUCCAUCUUGCCCAGAAACAUCCAUUGUUGUAGACACAUCUUCACAGACCCCAGUUCCAGAAGAAAAGCAUCACAAGGAGUGGCUGAGCAUUGAAACAUCAUUAUUGGAAGAACUUCCUGAGCCAAAGCAAGUUUUAGACAUUGAUAGCCCAGUUGAGUAUUUAGAGAUCCCUGUAAUGAUGGUGGCCACAGUCCCAUCUUCAACACUUAAUCCUGAUUUUCCAUCUGCAUCAAACAGUGAAGAAAUAAUUACUCAAUCAUGUGAUAAAUUAGACAUUCAAGAGUCUACAGUUGCUGAUUCUAAACAAAGGGAUGAUUCCAAGCCUGCGAAUGAGAUAUUAAACUUCAUUUCUGAAAACGCUGCACAAAUUCCAGAUUCUACCCCUGAAACCCAAAUUGAGCCAAAUAUGUUGGAGCUUCUCCCAUCCUGUCCGGUGCUUUCUAGAAUCCCUGGAUGUCCAUCUCUAAGGGUCCUUGAAAGCAAGGAGUGCAUUAGUUAUCAAUCAAUAAUCUUUUGCAAUGUACUCAAAGAUAGACAGACUGGUAUUUUUGAUCCCAGUACAGAUGAAAAAGACUCACAGAUUAUAGCUCUGGCACCAACAUGCCCACAAGCGUCAUGUAUUCCUGGCUUUCCAUCUAGACCACAACCUAAGUCACAGAUGGAGCUGAACAUGCAAAACAUUUGUCCCUCUUGCCCAAAGGUUUCAAAUGUAGCUGGUUGUCCGAGCAUCCAGAUCCCAAAGACGUCCGAUUGGCCUAUGAGUACAGUCAUUUUGUGGUCAAGUCAAUUAAAGAAACUCCCUGUUGUUUUGGACAUGGACAAGAAAUGGAAAGAAAAUGGUCAUAGAAUGUAUGCUCUGGCACCUACAUGUCCAUCAGUGGUCUGUAUUCCAGGGUUUCCAUCUGUGCCCGAACCAAUAAUGCUUUGCAUGCUUCCAGCUUGCCCGGAGAAGUCAAUUGUUAUUGGAUUUUCUGCUAAAAGAGAGCAUUUAGAUUGGUCUAUUGACAAGAAAACAUUGUGCAAUGCAUCUUUUAAAAAACAACCUGUUGUUCUUGUUGACAGAGUAGAUUGGCUCAGUGAAUUAACUAAAAUAAUGUUUGCAUUGGCUCCAACCUGUCCAUCAAAGGCAAGAAUACCAGGAUUUCCAUAUGCACCUAAGCGCAAAGCUACACUUCCUCCCAAUAUGGUUGAUCUUCAUCAGUGUGUUCCGAAGGCUUCAAGAAUCAUGGGAUUCUCAUCAUAUGAGAGAAUAAACACAGGACCAUGGUUUGCAGAUGAAACACCCCUGUUGAAGAGUCCAUUGAGAACCAGAUCAGAACUGCUUUUCCAGUUUAAUUUAGCAACUCCAUAUGAAGAAACAGACAAAUAUAUUUUGCAGAGGAUGUUUACACUAGUGCCCACCUGCCCGAGAGAAGCAUGCAUACCUGGUUUUCCCUCUGUUCCUCAGGUUAAAGUGGAGGGCUUCUAUCUCAGUAAAGAACCAGACAUAGUCAGCAUUUUGCAUUCUUGCCCAAUUCUUUCUUGUAUCGAAGGUGUUCCUACAGUAAAACUUAUGCCCAUAGAAGAGUCUCAAGAAAGGAUAUGGUCCGCUCAGAAGCCUAUAUGGGUCAAACCUCUUAAAGAAAGACCAGUUUUCUUUUUAAGUUGUACAAAGGAUUAUGAAGAGUAUUCAAAAACUAUGUUCUUGCUUACUCCUACCUGCCCUAAUAAGGCCAACAAUUAUGGUUUUCCAUGCUCAGAAAGUCUAAAACAAGAAGAGCAUGUGAUGACAUUUGUCUUGCCAUCUUCAGAAGCUUCAUUCCCUGCAAAUGAUGAAAUAGGUUUCAAUAACCUGGCCACUGAAGUGUCAUGUUCUCCAGUUGAAGCGAGGCUUCCUGAUUUCCCACAUGCUUCUACAUAUGCAUUUUUUCCAUCAAGUCUACCACAAGAACACAUUGAAUUUGAUGCCAAAUUUACUCAAUACAUAGAAUCAGAAAGGAAUCAAUCACUGGACAUAACAGGAACUGAUAAUCCUAAAGAAAUAGGACGUUUUCACAAGAUGCCCUUGGUUGAAGGUAUUGAAAACCAUCAGGAGAAGUCUCUUUUAGAGGAGCAACAUGUCGGGGAGCAGUCCACUAGUAAAACCCAUGAUACCGCAGAGCCAGGAGAGACUGCUCUAAUGUUAGGAUGGGAGGUUUUGGAGGCAGAGGAUACUUCCACAGAAAAGGAAGAAUCUUCUGGUCUUGUUCAGAGUAUAGUUGAUGUCUUUCACAGAGGUUAUGAGACCGUUGCAGCAAUAUUGCAGCCCUCUAGCUCUGGAUCGGUAACGGACGCUUUAGAUCCUCUCAACAGCCUUUCAUCCUCUGUGGAUCUCGAGGGCAGCGGGACUCGCAUAGCUAGUGGAAGUUAUCAGUCAUUGGAGGCAGCAGAGCCUGAGGUGUUCGAUUCUGCUGAACCCUACAUGUGGCGUUUGGUUAGUGGUUGUUCAGAAACAUCACUGUCAUCAAAAGAAUCUGAAAGCUGGUUUGUUGAAGAUGAAGAAUUUUGCCUAAUGCGGAAGUGGCCCCCCCUGACGGAGGCUGACCUUCAUGAGAUAACUAAAGAAGAGAAGGAUAACACAUGUGCUGACUCCUUGAUUCAAGGGGGUAUAACAUAUGUUCAAGAGGAAACCUGUAAUGAUGAGAUUGUGACAGAAAGUAAAAUGUUUGAGACAUUGAGGGAUGAGGUGUCCACCACAAUAUUUCAAGAGGAGGGGCCACAACAGCAUAUUGUGCAAGAAGUCUCUCUUUUCAUCCAAAGGACUAAGGACGAAUUGCUGGAUGAAGAAACACCUAUGUCUUUACUGUUUUUAAAUAAUCCUAAUAACCCAAAGACUGUUGCAGAACAGACUGAUGUUUCAACUUCAGAAGAACUUUUGCCACCAAGAAGGAGCAAGAGGCAGGAUAUUCUUCAAGAGAACAUUCUGUUAUCAACACCAGUUUCCAAUCCAGCUGAACCAAAUGCUCAAAGUGACAACAUCUGUGUCAUAAAACAAACUGGACAGAAUUCUCAGAGUACUUCACACAGUGUACAGCCAGUUACAGCCCUCACCACCAUCCAAAGUUCAUCAACUACGGCAGAUGAAGGUACAUCUUUAGAAACGCAUGUACCUGUCCCAUUGUCACGGACCAAGAAACGCGAAAGUGCUUAUUUUCCUGUAGAUACUUCAGUGAAAGAAGCAGCUGAAAAUGAGUUAAAGGUAUCCAAAAUUGAGAUUUGUUCACCAGCACCCAAAGAGAAGCCCACACCCCAAGAAAUUAUAGCAUCCUGUCAUAGCAACGAUGGAGAAAACGUUCCCCUAUUGCCUCCAAAAGUCACACAAGUGUGUGCUCCUCAAAGGCGGAAGAGUAAAGCUCAAACCAGCAUAAAUGAUGCCAAUGAAGAGUUUGAAAUAAAGAGCAUGUUGUCUUCUGUCAUCAGCGAUAUGUCUCUGUCUGAAGAGACAAGAAAGGCCGAAGCUGGUAAUGAACUGAACAUGAAAGAUCAGGUACAGCUGGAUUUGAAUGUUCCUGAUAUGUCUGAAGUGAAAAUGCGAAACAAAUGCAUUUAUCUUCCAGUUCCAAUGGCACGUGUGAAGAAACGUUUCAGUGGUUCUUUUACAGAUGAUCUCCCAGACCCUUCAUCCACACCUCCUUCUGAAGCAGAUUCAGAUAACAUUGCUCUUCAAACAGAAGACCAACAGGAUUCAAGUCUGCCAGUGAAAAUGCCAUGUAUAAAGAAACGUCUCAGUGGUUCUUUUCCAGAUGAUCUCCCAGCCCCUUUAUCCACCCUUGUCUCUCAAGCAGAUUCAGACAACAUUGUUCGCCAAACAGAAGACCAUAAAGAUUCAACACUGCCAGUCCCAGUGCCACGUAUAAAGAAACGCCUCAGUGGUUCUUUUCCAGAUGAUCUCCCAGCCUCUUUAUCCACCCUUGUGUCUCAAGCAGAUUCAGACAACAUUGUUCUCCCAACAGAAGACCAUCAAGAUUCAACUCUGCCAGUCCCAGUACCACGUUCAAAGAAACGUCUCAGUGGUUCUUUUCCAGAUGAUCUCCCAGCCCCUCCAACCACCAUUGUGUCUCAAGCAGAUUCAGACAACAUUGUUCUCCAAACAGAAGACCAUCAAGAUUCAACUCUGCCAGUCCCAGUACCACGUUCAAAGAAACGUCUCAGUGGUUCUUUUCCAGAUGAUCUCCCAGCCCCUUCAUCCACCCUUGUGUCUCAAGCAGAUUCAGACAACAUUGUUCUCCAAACAGAAGACCAUCAAGAUUUAACUCUGCCAGUCCCAGUACCACGUAUAAAGAAACGACUCAGUGGUUCUUUCCCAGAUGAUCUCCCAGCCCCUUCAUCCACCCUUGUGUCUCAAGCAGAUUCAGACAACAUUGUUCUCCCAACAGAAGACCAUCAAGAUUCAACUCUGCCAGUCCCAGUACCACGUUCAAAGAAACGUCUCAGUGGUUCUUUCCCAGAUGAUCUCCCAGCCCCUUCAUCCACCCUUGUGUCUCAAGCAGAUUCAGACAACAUUGUUCUCCCAACAGAAGACCAUCAAGAUUCAACUCUGCCAGUCCCAGUGCCACGUAUAAAGAAACGACUCAGUGGUUCUUUCCCAGAUGAUCUCCCAGCCUCUUUAUCCACCCUUGUGUCUCAAGCAGAUUCAGACAACAUUGUUCUCCCAACAGAAGACCAUCAAGAUUCAACUCUGCCAGUCCCAGUACCACGUUCAAAGAAACGUCUCAGUGGUUCUUUCCCAGAUGAUCUCCCAGCCCCUUCAUCCACCCUUGUGUCUCAAGCAGAUUCAGACAACAUUGUUCUCCCAACAGAAGACCAUCAAGAUUCAACUCUGCCAGUCCCAGUACCACGUUUAAAGAAACGUCUCAGUGGUUCUUUUCCAGAUGAUCUCCCAGCCCCUUCAUCCACCCUUGUGUCUCAAGCAGAUUCAGACAACAUUGUUCUCCCAACAGAAGACCAUCAAGAUUCAACUCUGCCAGUCCCAGUACCACGUGUAAAGAAACGACUAAGUUGCUCAUUUCCAGAUGAUCUCACUGAUCCCUUGACUUGUCCACCUCCUCCUGUAGAUUCUCUUAACGUAGAAGUCCUUCCUCUCUCAGACAAUAAACAAUGUUCCGUCGAAGUGCCCAUGCAGGUGAGGGCAGAAUCAGGGAUUAACAGCCUUGAGGAUUCAUCCACCACAAUUGCAAAAGAACUAGAGCUAAACAAAAAGGAGUCCGGUUUAGACCUCACUGGACAGAUAGUUCCUGAUGUGACAGUAAACAGUGAAAUACACAAGACUGGUGCUCCACUUGGUGAACAUUGUGAGGAAAAUGGGGAGAAGUCUCCUGUGAAAGAGCAACAAAUUGAAAAAGAUCAAAGUGUUGAGGAAGAAAAGGAUGCUGUACAUUCUGGAGAUAAUGAGGUUGAUUUGAGCAUGGACACUUUAGAUGACUCAGGCGUUGUCUUAGAUGUGUCGGGACAAGAAGCAGCUGAAGACUCCUCAAGUUUUCCUGUUCCAAUGCCUCGCGUGAAGAAACGUUUAAGUGCCUCUUUCCCAGAAGACGUCAGCCAAUCAGCCAAUCAGCUUCAGGUUUCAGGAAAGGCUAAUACUGAGCCCACAGUGCCUGUUCGUAAUAAACGUAGAGCUGCAGCAGAUGCCAUGGACCUUCAGGGAAGUUUCACAGCUCACACAUCGCCGACCAGUGAAAUAGAGAUUACGACCUUGGUGAAUUCAAGCCAGUCUCUGUUGGAAUGGUGCCAAAAGGUCACACAAGGUUACAAGGGUGUGCGAAUAACAAAUUUCAGCACCUCGUGGAGAAACGGCCUUGCUUUCUGUGCCAUCCUGCAUCACUUCCAUCCAAAUAAAGUGAAUUAUGAAAUGCUGGAUCCGUAUGACAUUAAACGCAACAACAAGAAGGCAUUUGAUGGCUUUGCUGAACUCGGCAUCUCCAGGCUGAUAGAGCCCACUGACAUGGUGCUGCUGGCAGUUCCCGACAGGCUCAUCGUGAUGACGUAUCUCAACCAGAUCCGCACCUGUUUCAUGGGCCAGGAGCUCAGUGUCAUUCAGAUCGAGAAGAACAGCAGCGAGUCCAGUUAUGCUGUUGGUGAAAAGAGGGAGGAAGCCGAUCCUGAAGCCGCUGCUCGCUACUGUGCCGAAAGGCUUCAGAGCAGCGGACUCACUCUAGAGACCAAUGGAAGCUUCCCUGAAAGGGAGGGAAAGGUCGGUGCCUUGGUCCCACCUCCAAGAAUGAAGCGAACACAGGGCCUGAGCCAGGAUGGAGGUUCAGGGUCUGCACAGCCUCCGGUGGCACCACCCAGAACUCACGCCUCAAAAGCUUUUUCUCACGUCAAGGAUGCAGAUCUUGUAAAAAAACGCAGAUCGAAGCUGCGGGGAGAGUCACUGGAUGAGCCCGAACCACACGAACAGCAGAGCAGUACAGAGACUGCAUCAGUCCAAGCAGAAACCGAGGCAGCCAGAGGAGGUUCAGAGUCCCAAAUUGUUGAAGAGGCCACUGCAGGAGACAACCAGGAUAUCAGUCAAUAUGUACUUGGUGAGAUGCAGGCGCUGGAUGCUGAACAGAGGCAGAUAGAUCGCAGAGCAGACAUUGUGGAGAAGAAACUCAGAAGACUUAUGGAAUCUGGUAGUGAUCGUGUAGAAGAAGAGAUACUCAUUCAGGAGUGGUUUACCCUGGUCAACAAGAAGAACGCUUUGAUCAGGAGACAAGACCAGCUACAGUUAUUACAAGAAGAGCAAGAUUUGGAGAGAAGGUUUGAGCUGCUGAAGAAAGAACUGCAAGAUCUAAUGGCUGUGGAAGAAUGGAAGAAAACCCAGGCUCAUAAAACCAGAGAGCAGCUGUUGUUGCAGGAGCUGGUGUCUUUAGUCAACAAGAGGGACGAGCUUGUUCAUGACAUAGAUGCCAAAGAGAGAGGGGCUCUUGAAGAGGACGAGAGGUUGGAGAGAGGUCUAGAAAUGAGACGCAGGAAGUAUGGAAGUCGGAAAGAGAAGUGUGUGUUACAGUGAGGGAUGCGGUGCACCUGCUUUUAUACAGGACUGUCCCUUUAAACACUGACCUCAUGGACUAUUGAGGUGUGUGUGGACCAGACAUUACAACAUAUGACAAGGAGACUGUGACUAGAUUAAUCUUCAGUCCUCAUGUUGAAAGGUUUGAGCAGCAUGAAUGCUCAUUUCAGAUCAAUUAAGAGUUGUUUCCUUUUAGAGACAUUUUAGUCUCAGAAUAUUUAGUUUGAAAAAGUUAAAUAGAGAGUUGGUCAAUGGUGUUCUGACAACACUUCUUGUUUUACGUUUUCAGUAAAAAAAUAAUAUAGGUCAUGUGGCCUUUGCAGUGUUAUUUACUUCAUUGUUUAACUUGUGUGUACAAGUCAUUUGCUGCAGAGUGAUUUUAGGAUAUCUCAUGUCAAACUAGGUCAAAUAUCAUACGUUUGCAGAGUUUGAAAGAAGGAUCAGGCAAUUUUAACGAGGUGAUUUCAUUGUUAUGCAAGUCAUAUGUUUAAAUGACCUAAAAUGCAGCAAAAA